AUGCCAUCCCCUACAAUUUGGCUCAUUACCGGCACUUCCACCGGCCUAGGACGCGCGCUCACCGAGCUCGUCCUCGCAAAGGGCCAAAUCGUCGUCGCCACCGCCCGCCGCACCGGCCCACUCCACGAUCUGAAGGCGAAGUACCCCGCGGACCGCCUCCUCGUACUCAAGCUCGACGUCACCAACUCCGACGAGAUCACCGAGGCGUUCUCACAGGUCAAGGCCGCGUUCGGCCGGCUCGACGUCGUGGUAAACAACGCGGCGUGGGGCACAUUCGGCGAAGUUGAGUCCGCGCGCGAGGCGGAUGCGCGCGCGAGGCGGAUGCGCGCGCGAUGUUCGACACGAACUUUUGGGGCCCCGCGAAUGUCCCGCGUGCGGCAGUCGCGUUCUUUCGGGAGGUGA